CACUCACUCACUUCUUCCAGCCACUGAUCGCCGGGGCUGAGCGACCAAGCCAUGGGCUUCACAGCUGAUAGAGUCGGCUUCCAGCUCCGCUCACUGUGCCUCUUCGCUGCUCUGGUGGCUGGUUCCAGGAACUAUCUUACAGCGGGAGCGACAACUGAGGAGGGACGAGAGGCAUCAAACCAAUUCAGAACACAGGGGAUCAAUGCUGAAGAAUACGCCUGUGAUUUUGAGUCCGACUGUGCGUGGACCCUCUCUGAUUAUAGCGGAGCGGUGGAUUGGUCAGUUUCCUCACCUCAGCUGCUCUCUGCAACCGCCCGAGCCGUUUAUCCCCAAACCGACUUUUCAACCGGGAAUUCUGACGGUCACUUUCUGCUGCUGAACUCCUCGAAGACCGAUGGCAGAUGUGACCACAGGGUAACCAGUCCGGUCCUGAUGGGCAUUUCUGAAGGGUGCCGGCUGCGAGUGGCCUUUUACCAGCGGAACGAGUCGCUCGGCAGUUUCCUGGUGCGGCUCACUCACCUGAUGAACGGCUCGACCAGGGAGAUCCCCGUCAGGGACUGGAGCCGAUCUGAAACGGAUCCCUGGAAAUUGCUGUGGACGCCAGUGGGCCCAGUGGAUGAGCCAGUGCAGCUGUCCCUGGAAUACAGGUCCUGCCUCGGUGUAGAGAACGGGGCCGUAGCUCUGGAUUCCAUUCAGCUUCAAAACUGCUUCCCUGGUUCAUCCCGAGAGUGCAGCAACUGUAAAGGGGAUGAGAGUGAAGUGCACGCGUGUACAGGGCAGGGUUCCUUCGCUUGUGAAGUGAGUGGGUGUAUUGACAAGUUUAAGGUGUGUGACUUCCACCCUGACUGUCGCGGCGGAGAGGACGAAGGCACCGUGUGUGGCCUUCUGCCCAGGGGGGCUCACUGCUCCUUUGAAGACGAUCUGUGCGGCUGGUUUACGGAAGGGAAUGUGACGUCGUGGACGCUGGUCUCCUCUGGCACCAUACUGGACACUUCAAGCCCUCUGCUGGGCUCCACACUGGCCGCCACUGGAGGCCAUUUCCUCUACCUACGAGCAGAGCAGGGCAGGGGCUAUGCCACGGCUCAGAGCCCCCUCCUGCCUCCCACCGCUGCUGCACAAGACUGCCAGGUCCAGUUCUCUGUGUACAUUUACGGCCUGUACAACGGCACCGUGUCCCUUUAUGUGGAGGAGAACAGCAUGUUGGGGAAGGCGCCCCUCAUGUGGGAGCAGGCAGGGGGCUGGAUGGAUCGCUGGCUCAUGGUGGCCCUGCAUUUGCCGAACCUGAAGAGCUGGUUCCGGCUGAAACUGCACGCCGCUUGGGAAUCCAGCUCCGCAACAGACAUCGCUUUGGACAACAUCACCUUCGGAGGCACUUGCUUUUUCCCUGCAGGGAAUGAAGCCUUGUCCCCGGAGGAUGAUGUCUCCGGCGCAUUGCAUCAGCCCGAAGAGCUGCCGUUGCUCCUUCCUCUGCCAGAGCAGGCUCCAUCAGACUACUCAGACGUGAUGUGGUUGUUCACCUCGUGCGGAGCCAGUGGACCCCAUGGUCCCACUCAGGCUCAGUGUAACAACGCCUACAGACGCACGAACAUGUCCGUGCUUCUGGGGACAAAGGGCCCACUGCAGGGGGUUCAGACCUGGCAGAUUCCAGUCACCAGCAAAUACAUAGUUUCGGCUUACGGAGCCGCCGGAGGUAAAGGAGCCAAGAACACAAACAGGAGGUCCCACGGAGUCUUCAUCUCAGCCAUCUUUCACUUCGAGAAGGGAGACAAUCUCUACAUUCUAGUGGGACAGAAAGGAGAAGAUGCCUGUCCAGGGAAGAACCCGGUGACCCAGAAGAUCUGUUUGGGAGAGUCGUCCAUCAUUGAAGAUGAUGACCAUGCCAAUGACGAAAUGUUGCAGUGGGCAGGAGGUGGAGGAGGAGGUGGUGGAGCUACCUAUAUCUUCAGGAUGGUGAAAGGGGCUCCAGAGUUGCUGCUGGUGGCUGCUGGAGGGGGAGGAAAGGCCUAUAUGGAGGAUCCAAACAGCUCUAUGGAUGACACAUUACUGGAGCAGUAUGAAAAUGACACAUUAGCGCCUGGAGUCAAUGGUCGAAUCGGAGCAGCAGGAGGAGGCGGUGGUUGGAAUGACGUGACCAAGCUGCCCUGGGCUGGGAAGUCGCUAACGGAGGGCGCUGAGGGGGGCUCUGCCUGUCCGCAGGCUCUCGAGAAACUGUACUGGGCAACCCACGGGGGUUUCGGAGGAGGAGGUGGUGCGUGCACAGCUGGAGGUGGAGGUGGUGGUUACAGAGGUGGAGAUGCCGCUGAAGUUGAUGAACUGAUGGCAGAUGGACUCGAUGGGAUUUCGUUUAUCAAUCCAGUUGGAGAGAUCUAUAUUCACCCAUUGGCAGCCAUGGAGAGUCAUGGAGAAGUUGAUAUCCGGAUUCACAUCAACUGCAGUCACUGUGAAAUGGACCACUGCAAGCGGGACUUGGAUUCUAAGCAGAUCCAGUGUCUGUGUGAGAAUGGCAAAGUCCUAGCCAGCGACAAUGUAACAUGCACAGUUCCAAGUACUUCCCAGGAGGCAAGUCAUCACCUCUCUCUCUCGCUCGUCAUUGCUCUGGUCACGUCCACCAUUGUCACAGGGGUAUUCCUGACCUGUGCUGGGCUUGCUCUCAUUUAUUAUCGUAAGAACAACCAGCUCCAGGCAGUCAGGGCAAAGCUCCAGAGCCCAGAGUACAAGCUGAGCAUCAGGACUUCCACCAUCAUGACCGACUAUAACCCAAACUACUGCUUCGCUGGCAAGAUGGCCUCCCUCAACGAGCUCAAGGAGGUGCCCAGGAAACACAUCUCCUUACUGCGGGCACUUGGUCACGGGGCUUUCGGGGAAGUAUACGAGGGUCACGUUGUGGGAAUCGGGGGUGAAUCUGUCCCUCUGCAGGUUGCAAUAAAGACUCUCCCAGAGAUUUGCUCAGAGCAAGAUGAAAUGGAUUUCCUGAUGGAGGCUCUGAUUAUAAGUAAGUUUAACCACCAGAAUAUUGUGCGAUGUAUCGGAGUGAGCCUGCAAGCCCUGCCCAGGUUCAUCCUCCUCGAGCUCAUGACUGGAGGAGACAUGAAGACCUUUCUCAGAGAGAACAGGCCAAAAGCUACACAAAUAUCUACGUUGACGAUGCUGGAUCUCCUGAGCAUGGCCAAGGAUAUAGCUUGUGGAUGCAAAUACCUGGAAGACAAUCACUUUAUUCACAGGGACAUCGCAGCACGAAACUGUUUACUAGCUUGCACUGGAGCCAGUCGUGCAGCCAAAAUUGGUGACUUUGGAAUGGCUCGAGACAUUUAUAGGGCCAGCUACUACAGGAAGGGUGGCCGGGCCAUGCUCCCAGUCAAGUGGAUGCCUCCUGAAGCUUUCCUCGAAGGAAUCUUCACAUCGAAGACAGACACAUGGUCCUUUGGCGUGUUGCUGUGGGAGAUUUUGUCUCUGGGAUACAUGCCAUACCCCUGCAAAAGUAACCAGGAAGUCUUAGAGUUUGUAACCAGCGGCAGACGGAUGGAUCCUCCCAAGAACUGCCCAGGGCCUGUAUACCGGAUCAUGACCCAGUGCUGGCAACACAGGCCUGAACAUCGGCCGGAUUUCGGCACAGUUUUAGAAAGAGUCAAUUAUUGUACACAGGAUCCAGACAUCAUUAACACGUCCCUCCCUGUUGAAUACGGACCCACCUCAGAAGAUGAAGGAAGUAUAAUGAUGCGCCCUGAGAACUCCAACGGAAUGGCGCCCCUGCUGGUCAGCUCAAACCUGACACCUCAACUGUCUCAGAUCUCUGACCGCCUGUACCCUAAUCAGAAGGUCCACCGUCCGCAGGAGCUGCCAGUCAGAGACAGCCUCAGCAGCCCGAUGGAGAGCAGCACCCUACACCCAGCCCAUUCAGCAGUUCUCAUGGCCGGACAAUGGCUGUACCCAGACCCCGGCCACCAGCCACUCAGCGAGCCCAAGUCUCAACCAGCCCAGCGGCUGACCAACAAGCCCAAGACCUUGUGGAACCACACGUACGGUUCUUGGGUGCCUGAGAACUUCAGCAGGUCUGGAGCCUUGGGAGAGGCAGAUGAAAAGCCACCAGCCACCCCCGAGCGGGAGGACUCGGGGUUAGAUUGUACCAGCAGCUCGUCCCCAAGCUCCCGAGAGUCUCGGUCUCCAGGCAACCACUACUCCCCCUCGGAGAUCAGCAGGGGGGGCCCCGCAGGGAAGCCCCAGACGUUCCCUUGCGGCAACGUGAACUACGCCUAUGAUGAUGGGGUGCAGGUGUUGCCGGGCUCUGCCGACAAAGACGGCUCCCGGGAGAAGACGUUACCUCUCAAUAAGGUGAUGCACUUUCUCUGCAACCCAGAGAAACCAGCCAGGGAUCGCGAUUCAGGCCUCUCACUGUCUGAGGACCUCAGCAUCACCCCUGUAUAAAAGGCAACUCACCGAGGAACUCAGGCUCCACACUUUGCAUGGGACAUUCAGGUUCAGUCUUAAUUUAAAACAAUAACAUUCCCAUUUGCCUGGCAACGGCCUGGUUUGUCAAAUGCUGUCACUCAGAAAGUGUCAGUGGGCUUGGAGGAGCUUGGGCCAAGUUCCAUGGGGGUUGAAUGUCUAUUGCAUGCUGAUAGACAUGAGGUGAUGAUAUGGAAACAGUCACGUAGGUUGAAGGUUCGUUGUGUCCGCACAAAGCUGGGGGCCAGUUUCCAGCCACUUAGACAGGGCUGCAAACCGAUCUCAAGUAGUCAGAUGGUCACAGUCUGUGUCCCCUGAAGGGAUUGGAGACAACAACAACAAAUUACAUUUGUACAAUGCCUUUCAC